AUGGAUAUCGAUGGAGAUGCUCUAACACAAGAAAUCAAUGGCAUAGAAAAUGAUAUCGACAGUUUGAAGAAAGAAAUAGAGGGGCUAGAAGCUGAGCUACAAAGAGAGAAAGAAGAACUGAAACAAUUGAACAAGUUGGUGGAGACUGAAAGAGUAUCUUUGCAGCGACUCAAGAACUUGGAGAAGAGGAAGAAAAGACCACAAGACCAAUAUGAUGAAAAUGUUCCUCCUAUUGUACAGCACACAUACUUUGACGAGUCUGUCUCGGAUUACUUCAAUGUCGGCAAGGACUUCGAGCCUAGGAUUGUUAAACGGAUAGAUAUUAAUGAUUUGACGCUUGAAUCUGCUCAAAGCGCACGCAAGAUAAUAGCCCUAAAAGAGAACAUUCUCUAUGAAAAUUUGUACCGCCUUGGAGGACUCACAGCGUUUCCUUUGAAUGACAAUUCGUGCUUGGGGUUGAGAUUCGACCGGUUCGACAGUUUCAACAAGCGGUUUUUAAGUCCUAAUUAUGUGAUUUUGAGGAGAGAGACCAUAGACAGUAAGACCAAGGGAUCUGUUGAAAAAUGGAAAGUAUUCAAGCAUACUCUUCAGCAGGAUAUGGUGAACAAUAUGGUACAUGGAAUCGACCCAGAAGGAUUUAAUGACAAAGAAAUUGCUGUAUUUGCCCAUGCAAUUCAUGCUUCUCUUAGCAGAGCAUUAUUUGUGUCAGACCUCAUGCACAAAUUACAUAACAUGUCUUUUGCAGACUUGAAGUCUCCCAGAGCCUCAGUUUAUGGGAAUAUCAAAGUAUUUGACGAGAUAAGUGCUGAUGAUGCCAUGUCACAUAUAAACUUACAGUUCAACAAAGAUAUACGACAUAAGCUCCAACUUGUGAUAGCGGAAGGCCAAAUCAAAGAAGUUUCUUUCCAGUUAAAUCUUGUGGACCACUUCAUGACUCAAAAGCUAAACAUGCACAAUGCCCGCUUGAUAGGCGUAAAACUUGUCGAUGCAGAGUUUGAGCUUAAAAGGUGGUUGAUCCAUUUACUCAAUGACGGCAUGAUUCAAUGGUAG